GUUACCGGUGUGGUGGGUCGCGCCGAAACGUUGUCAUCGGUGUUUUUCUUAUCGGCUUUCAUAUUCUACACUAAAGCGGCCAAGAGGAAAAAGAGUACAGGCUGGAAGUCUCUGUGCCUGUGCCUGGUGUGCAAGGCGACGGCGAUGCUGUGCAAGGAGCAAGGGAUCACUGUCACCGGCAUCUGUGCCGUCUACGAGCUCUUCGUCGUCCAGAAGAUUCGGCUGUCUGACCUCCAGCUCUUCGGUCAAUGGGCCUUGAAUGGCAAAAUCCCGUUGCAUCACUCCUGGCCUGUCGAAGCGACAAAGCGACUAGCGACGAUCAUAGCAUCCACCAUUUGCCUACUUUUGGCUCGCCUUCAUAUCAUGGGUGCAAAACUUCCCGUUUUUACCAGGUUCGACAACCCGGCCUCGGUGACGAGUUGGCCGACGCGGCAGCUGUCGUACAACUACUUGAUGACGGUGAACCUCCAGCUCCUGUUCUUCCCGUGCGACCUCUGCUGCGACUGGACGAUGGGCACCGUCCCGCUCGUCGAGUCCUUCGCCGACCGCCGGAACCUGGUCACGCUCCUCGUCUACUCGGCCGUCGCCGUCUUCGCCUACGUCGCCCUCUCCUCCGAGAACCGACUCCAGAGCAACGCUAUGAUCAUGGGUCUCGCUUUUCUGGUGUUGCCAUUCUUGCCAGCAUCGAAUUUAUUUUUCCCCGUUGGAUUCGUCAUUGCUGAGCGAGUCCUAUACAUGCCUUCAAUGGGUUUUUGUCUACUGGUUGGCUGCGGUUUUGGGUUUCUCCUCGAAAAAGGCCGCUACAAGAAGCUAAUCUGGCUUGGUAUGGCGAUCUUACUCCUGUCUCAUGGCACCAAAACGUACGUCCGCAACUGGGAUUGGGAGUCAGAAUAUUCGAUAUUUACGGCCGGUCUAAGAGUGAAUCAGCGAAAUGCUAAACUUUACAAUAAUGUGGGCCACGCUCUCGAGUCACAAGGACGCUUCCAAGAAGCCUUAAACUAUUUCCAAAAAGCUGUCAGUGUACAAGAAGAUGAUAUCGGAGCUCACAUAAAUGUUGGGAGAACAUACAAUCACUUAAAAAUGUUCAAAGAAGCAGAGGCUGCCUACUUGAAGGCAAAAGCUCUUCUACCCAAAGCCAAGCCGGGUGAAUCAUACCAAGCGCGGAUAGCUCCAAAUCAUCUGAACGUUUUCUUGAAUUUAGCCAAUUUGAUAGCUAAGAACGAAACGAGACUGGAGGAAGCUGAUUUGCUCUAUCGCCAGGCAAUCAGCAUGCGAGCAGACUACACACAGGCUUACAUCAACAGGGGCGAUGUCUUACUCAAAUUGAACCGAACAAAAGAGGCGCAAGAAGUCUAUGAGCGGGCGUUGUUCUAUGACAGCAACAACCCAGACAUCUACUAUAACCUCGGUGUGGUGUUCUUGGAGCAAGGAAAAGCCUCUCAAGCCUUGGCAUAUUUGGAUAAGGCUUUAGAGUUUGAUCCGGAGCAUGAGCAGGCGUUGCUCAACUCGGCCAUUUUACUUCAGGAAUUGGGCAGAGCAGAACUGCGAAAAGUUGCUCGUGAGAGACUUCUUAAGCUCCUUCAGAAGGAUGGCACAAAUGAGAGAGUGCAUUUCAAUUUGGGCAUGUUGGCCAUGGAUGACAGGAACAUUGCUGGAGCGGAGUACUGGUUUCGGCAAGCGAUCAUGUUGAAAGAUGACUUUCGAUCAGCACUUUUCAACCUGGCUCUUCUGUUGGCGGACGACCACCGACCCCUGGAGGCAGCUCCAUUCUUGAAUCAGCUGGUCAAAUUUCACCCCGAUCAUGUCAAAGGCUUGAUUUUGCUAGGGGAUAUUUACAUUAAUACAAUAAAAGACUUGGACGCUGCUGAGAAUUGCUACAAAAGAAUCCUUCAAUUGGAACCAGAGAACAUUCAAGGCCUACAUAACUUGUGUGUUGUGUAUGUGGAACGGGGCAAUUUACAUGAUGCGGAAACUUGUCUUCAAAAAGCGCACAGACUAGCUCCAAAUGAAGACUACAUUGUGAGGCAUCUAAAAAUUGUGCAGAAUAGAAUAAUGAAAAUGAAAAAGGCGCCAGAAAGUUCUGUUGACAAUUCUCCUGAGGCAGCAAAAAGUCAGGAAUCUUCAAGUGCGGCUAAUGCAGAAAUGACACCCAACCACAAUCCGCAAGACACAAUCCUAGAGAAGCAAACCUCAGCGAAAUCUUUCUCAAGCGACCAGGUAGAAAACAAACCAGCGGUCAAAAAAGUAGAGAAACAGCCGGCCUCGUAGCAUACAACCUGCUCUCCUGCGUACAAACACCUGUUCAGACUGGAAGAUAGUUUAUUUUACUAAAUAGCUCAGCAAUUUUUCACUAAUAAUCCUUGACGUAUUGGUAAUGGUUUCAUCAAAUCAAGAACCUGUCAACUUGAUCGUUGUCAAGUUCAUUUUAUUUUAUUAUGACUGAAAAAGUCAAUGAGAAUUUAUUUUUUUAGAGAGUGUUUAUUUUCUGUGAGCGUCUCGUGAGGGAAAAGUUGUGAUUUUAUUCAGUUGAAUAUUGCCUUUGCUUUGCGAACCCUGUUUUCAUCUGAUGAGAUUUAGAUAUGCUUUGAGGCAUGUCUAUAAAUUUUGUCGGUUUUGUAGAUUCCCUCUAUACCUUAUUUCAAAUUUAUCUUUCUUCAUUGAUAUAUUUGUGAAAUGAAAAGAUAUGAAUCUGAGGGAUGCUGUUUUUUGCACCAGUUUUAGUCGCUCUCAAUUUCUCAGCAAAAAAAAAUCAGUGACAGGGCCAAGAAAUGGGGACUUUCACUAUAGAUGAAGAAAAAUAAUGUAGCUAUAUCACUAAUUGAAAGAGUGAAAUGAGUAAAUUUCUGUACUAGACAUUUUAAGUGAAUUUCAAAGUUCGAUGAGGCAAAUCCAGAACUUGUAAAAUUAGCUGUCAGAGUUUUCUCAUACCUAAUUUUCAUCUAGAAAAUUCAACAUCAAUAUAAAGAGACUAAAGCUCUUGCUUACCUUCUCGAAGUUUCAUCCUGAACUAAUAUCUUUAAAUUCAAUUUUUAAUGGAAAUCGAAAUAUCAACCAAUACUACUUGGGUAUAAUUCUAAAUUGAGGUACUUAUCACUCCGGCUUUUGGAGCCAGCUCAUCUCAAACAGCAAUGAAAUUCUUUAUAAACCAAGCCACAGCUUACAAUUUUGACUUAAGUGCAUUUUAAUUUUUCUCAUUUUGUCUUCGACAUCAGCAUUUCUUAAAUGAUCAAUUCAAGACAAAAAUCAAAUUUAUUCUUGAGGGUGUCAAGAAACAAUUAGCAUUGAAAAACAGGAGAGCAACAAUUUUUACUUGAAUUAUAUUUCUACUUUGAAGUGAAGGAUUCAAGCAAACACUGCAAGUCCCUAUUCACCGUCCAAUUUUGUCACUCCUAUUUUUAGGAUUGAACUCUCCACCGCCCUAAGGGGGGCUCAAAUGGCCAAUAAGUUUACUGCAAGCUUGCUGAUUGGCUGAUCUCACUAAUUUUAAGCUUAUCUUAACUCAAUGUGUGGCUAACCAACCGAUUCAGUGGCUGUGUCUUUUGUUAUAUUGCCGAUGAAUUACGCCGCUCUGAAAAAUGAUCAGUAUUAAAAUUGUUAAUUUAUUCAGGGUGAAACUGUGAAAUAUAUCAGGUAUCAUAUGACAUGGUCUCUAAAUCGGUCUCCCGUGGCUACCAAUAUUCCAGUCAAGCCCCUUUUAAUUUAGUAUUCAUGCACUCAGCAUUAAUCAGAUUUACGAGAGUUUUUUCUUUUUUGGAGCAUCCCUUUUAUUUUAUCGUUCGAAUUUUUCUCAUUUUACAAUGACUUCUACCUUUUUAAAACGAUCGUUUAAAGGCGAGAGUCCGAUUUGUUCUCAUAUUAUGCCAACUUUUUUCUGGUCAGUCAAAGUAGAAUAACUGUCUGUUCGUUAAAUGACCCUUUCUCAUCAAUUUUUACAAAAAUAUCGUGAAAUUUUAAUGAAUUAUGCUUUGACAAUUGACCAUUUUCCGAUCAAAUUUUGUAACGGAUCAAUUUCGAAAAUAGGACAAAUUACUCUCAGCCAUUUUGCACUAAGGAGAGAGGCUCCUAAUAUAAUGCAUGCUUAUUUGCAGAUUCCUCCUCGCGAAACAAUACUCGAAAAAUGUGUACAUUUUUUCAAAGUUAAAACAAAAAAAAGUAUUUGUCUAACUGAAGUAGACAGAAACGAACCUGUUUGAACUGAAUUAGUUCUCUGUCUUUUUUGUAUGUGCAUUCCUUGUUCUUGUAAACAUUCAUUCCGAUUUGUGAUAAGCAUUUCUCAAGCACUCUCUGAACUUUUCCUGCGCUGUGAUCGUUAGUUUGUAAGGUGAUCAAUCUGAAUUUUCUUUAUUUUUAACUCCUUCAAAUCCCAUCUCAAUUCUGUGUACUUACUCAUUAAUGUUCUACGCAUCUUAGAUUAGUUUUUGUCUUUACUUAAUCUUUUUUUUGUCUACGUAUGCUUUUCUGUAUUUAAUUUUAGGUUGCGUUGAUCAAAAUGUAAUUUAAGUUGACGGAGAAGUUUUUCUACUUCAAGUGAUUUUUCAGUUUUACUUCACUGAGGACGUUUUUUCGCCUUGUGGGAAAUACAAUAAUUAAGGCAUGUCCAUCUUGCAUCUCUCCAAGGACAACGCACUCAAUGCCAAGAAAUUCAGCUGAAGUUCGUAAUUGUUUGAUAUGAUGUACCUUAAGAUCUCCUGAGCGUGAUUUAUUUUUUAAAAUUAAACAUUGUAAAUGCGGAUCUGGAGACAAAAGGAUCUAAAUUUUUCCGCCCUCUUACACAUGUUUCCUAAUGGAGGUAUGGGACUGCUGCUACAUGUGUGUGAACGCUGCACUGCACGCUCUUUUCAUUGAGAGGAAUUUGAUUCCUUUCGUUUGCUAUUUUCCUGGCUGGCAAGGGAACAAAAUAUCUCCUCUAUAUUAUAUGUAAAAUCUGUAUCUCUUCUAUCAUAUGUAAAACUGCCAAAAAAUGCACUUCUCCUCCUGGCUUUUCUUGAAGUCGUCACAUCUAAAGUUCUAUUUUAAGAGUAGAGUUUGCUCGGGAGGCUGUAAAGAACAUAAUUUAAAAUUAUGUCAAAAAGCCGGCAUCAAAUUUCUUGCUAUUGUGUGUGUAGUCCUUUUAUGCAGAUCUUUUCAACUAAGUUUAUGGCUGUACACUGAAUCUGCAUGCUAGCUCCCAGUAAUGGAUUGUAUGUAAAAUCUUUAAUAAAUUAGGGUAGGUUUUGCUGAAGUGUAGAAAAUUCUCCUCUGUGAUUUUAAGUCUCUUAUAAUUUAUCCUAAAUCCUGUAUACUUGCGAGAAAAUAAGAAAUCCGUAGCAAUGGGUCAGUCUCAAAAGUCAUAAAUGACGUGUAUUGUAUGUAGUACCUAGCCUCUCACCAUGUCUGGAUGUCUUGGGGUCCACUGUAAGUUUGCAGUUGCAGUUUUUAUGAGCAGGAAAAAAUUGUGUCUGAACAAGGUUUUUAUGUCUAAUAUAAAUAGAAAUUUUAGACUCUGGAAAACCAUUGCACUUUUCAAUGCAAAAUAUUCUCCUAAAGUUUUAUGUAGAAAAUACCAUCUGUACAAAUCUCAUCAUUAUUUUUGGUAAGUGACACAAGUUGACCUGCUCGAACUCUGCUCGAAAUAUAUAAUCAUAAUAUUAUACUUUCCACGGUCCUGCUGCAGACCAUUUCAUGUUAAGUUUUGUGGAUUAAGAAUUUUACCUCCCUAAUUCACCAACAUAGAGCUUCAAACCCCUUUCUCAUAUGAUUAGCCAAGUGUGAUGCAUAAAAAUUCAUUUCAUGUUGUCUAGGUAAUUUCUUCUUGUGUUUUUAGCCAAAAGCUAAGCGAUAUUAAUGACCCUGAAGUUUCAAUGAAUUUUCAUCGAUUUCUGAAGAAUAUUCUGAAAAAAUUUCAAGACUAUAAGAUUUCGUCUUUUGUUAAAAUUAAAGAAUAUACAGAUAAAUAUUAGAGGAAAUUCGUCAAGCAAUUAGGCUAACUGCCCAGAGUCAUCUCUUUGAUGCGGCCAAUCUGCCGGUCAUCUAACAUCAAAGUCAUGACUUUCCAGAACAUCUGGGCAAAUAUUCUUGAAAGAUUGAUCUUGAUUCACCCUUAGAUCAUCCAGUCCGCAUCUUUUAUUUCUUCUGCUAUUCGAACCCCUGUCCCAUAUUGAAUUUUUCUUGAUUUUUGCUCCGCCACCUGCAAUCUAUUUUGGCAGCAAAAAUUGCUUCAUAUGUGCUAUUGCAAUGACAAUCAUGAGAUUCAUUUAUCUUCUGUUUCCUGAAAAAUUUUGAAAGCAUCGUUUUUACUUUUACAAAUUUGUGAUGUUC